AUGGACGCGUUUGUGACGCGCAAGAGGAAGCGGGAUGAGGGGGUGGUGAAGCCUGCGGUUGCGAGUAUGCGUGUGGAGUCCGGGGAAGAGGAGGAAUCAACGGAUUUCAAACUGGCGAUAUUGGCAUCUUUACAUGCAGACAUUGAUGAAGCAGCUCUGCUUGAAGCCCUGCUCGCAGCAGACGGAUCAGUCGAGCAGGCAUCAGAGUACCUGGCACAAUCUUCGAGAUCGCCUGUGAGAAAGCGGCCUGCAACAACCACAGUCGGAUAUCAAUCGUCAUUGACCUCGUACCGGAUUGCCCCGCCAAACGGCACGUUGGCGAAGAAGUCUGUAGUGAAAAAAGGCAAAACACUGUUUCUGUAUAGCCCAGAAGACAUUGAAACACAUACACCAUGCUCCAUUAUCCACAACUUUCUCCCAACGAAACAAGCCGAUGCACUACUCGUGGAGUUACUCGCGGAAUCAUCCACAUACCAACGGUUUGAAUUCAAGCUCUUCGAUAGAGUAGUCCAGAGUCCACAUACAUACGCAUUCUACGUCAAUAGUCUCGAAGAAGUCGAAAGACAAAAGACGGAAUAUGUCUACGACGGGCGACAAAUAGAUAACGUCCGUCAAAGCCCCCCCUCCCUCCUCGCCGCCCUCCCCGCCGUCCAACACACCGUAAACACCGAAAUCCAACGUCGAAUCCGCACUUUCUACCCCAAUGCCCAAAAACUCCCCCACCAAUCCCCUCACCCCUGGCACCCAAACACCGCCUUUGUAAACUGCUACGACGGCCCCCACCAAAGCGUCGGCUACCACGCCGACCAACUCACCUACCUCGGUCCCCGCCCCGUAAUCGGCAGCCUGAGCCUAGGCGUCGCCCGCGAAUUUCGCGUGCGGAGAAUCGUUGCGCAAGACGACUCCUCGUCAGACGGAGAGAUGGGCGAUGCCCAAGGCCAAAUCAGUAUCCAUCUCCCGCAUAACUCCUUACUAGUAAUGCACGCAGAGAUGCAGGAGGAGUGGAAACAUAGUAUCGCGCCCGCCCAGGCGAUCGAUCCGCAUCCGCUGGCGGGGAAUAAAAGGAUUAAUGUUACCUAUCGCUGGUACAGGGAGAGUUUGCAUCCAAAGUACACCCCGAGGUGCAGAUGUGGGGUGCCGACGGUGCUGAGGUGCGCGAUGAGGAGGAGGGAGUCGAGGGGCCGCUAUAUGUGGAUGUGUCAUGCGGGGUUUGUGCCGGGGAAGGAGAGGUGUGGGUUUUUUGCUUGGGCGGAGUUUAAUGGGGAUGGGGAACCGGUGUGGGCUGAGAAGAGCAAGGGGAAAGAGGGUGAUUGA